AUGGAGGCGUAUUAUCGUAUUCUGGAGGCGCGGAGUCAAUAUCCACAAUCACCUUGUAUACUGGGAAUACGAGCCCGUGAAGCAGAUUCAAAAUCCGGUCAGUAAGGAUUCACGUGUUCGAACAGCUCGGGCAAGAGGUUCGAGAGCCUGCACUUCCUGCACUAGCCGCAGUAUUGUUAAAGGCGCGGUGUUGGAUGGAUCCCGGCUAGCCGGUGGUUUUACUUGUGUCAGUGAUAAACAAUGAAGAUACACUGUGUUUCGUGCCACGGACUCUACUUGGAGGACAGAAACCUUGCGAUGAGGUGACAACCUACUAGUAAGAGGGCAUGAGUGUGGUGGAGGCGGUUUAUGUGAGCACAGAUGGCCGCCGGUGCCACGCCAGAUGGUGAGAGAAGAGCCACAGCCCAUAAGAAGAAGGUGGAGCGUGCAGGAACGGCCAGGGAAAGUAAGAAAAACAACACAGGAGCCUUCAAAUGACGAAAGUGCCUCCACCACCACCACACACAACCACAGCUGAACGCCACACCACACUAAGGAGUUGCCGAUACAAAGGCCUGUCGAUCUUGGGAGAAAUCCCAAGUCACCUGUGACAUCAAGAUUGAGUUCAAGAUCGCUGCUCACGUUACUAGGCAACCGGCAAACACAGGCCGCCCCCAGCACGGCCGAGACAUUCCUGGCGGUGAGUGAGGGUGAGGUGACCGCUGCAGGCACAAGGGACGACAGACAGGACAACAAUGUAAUUACUGAAGAAACACGAAUCUUCUCUUCAUAAUGCACACACAGUACAUACUCUAUGAAAAUAUGUAAUAGCAUCUGAAGAGAAUAAGGAAAUCCAACCAAAAUGUUUAUAUACUUAAGUAAAAAGAUUGCCAUACCAAACAACAUACGUCUACGAUGUGUGGGAUGGAACAAAGAGCAGGGCUACAUCGCUUGUGGGGGAGAUGACGGCUUGCUUAAAGUUCUCAAAUUGGAGGCUGGGAAGGAUGCCAAGAUCAAAGGUCUUGCCGCUCCAUCCAACCUGUCCAUGAAUCAAACAUUAGAGGGGCACUCAGGAACAAUUCAAGUUGUCACAUGGAAUGAAUCUCAUCAAAAAUUGACAUCCUCAGACCAGAGUGGUCUGAUAAUUGUUUGGAUGCUGUAUAAGGGUUCUUGGUAUGAAGAAAUGAUAAAUAAUCGGAAUAAAUCUGUUGUACGGGGUAUGGCAUGGAAUACUGAUGGCCAGAAGAUUUGCAUUGUGUAUGAAGAUGGUGCAGUUAUUGUGGGAAGUGUGGAUGGAAACAGGAUUUGGGGCAAAGAACUAAAGGGCCAUCACCUCAUGGGUGUAGAAUGGUCCCCUGAUUCUUGUUUGCUGCUCUUCUCACUCCACAAUGGAGAAGUUCAUGUGUAUGACAAUACAGGGGGGUUUGUUAAUCGGCUAAAUAUCCAGUGUCUGGGCAGCAUGGGUCUGGGUGCCAUGGUUGUUGGCCUUACCUGGUAUAAUGGACGCAAUGGUUAUGUUGAUCCUGAUUGUCCCACUCUGGCGAUCUGUUAUGACAAUGGAAGGAUGCAGAUUAUGCGGAAUGAAAGUGAUGACAUGCCUAUAUUGAUAGAUACUGGCAUGAGUGUGUGUGCCUGUCAGUGGAAUCACAAUGGCAGUGUGAUGGCUGUGGCAGGCACCCUUCAUCUGUCUGGCAUUGGGGAAAAAGACUGCAAUGUUGUUCAGUUUUAUAAUCCCUUUGGAGAGCACUUACGAACCCUGAAAGUGCCUGGUAAGCAGAUUACUGCCUGCUCAUGGGAGGGAGGAUCUCUGCGAAUUGCCUUAGCUGUCGACUCCUUCAUCUACUUUGCCAAUAUCCGUCCAGAUUACCGGUGGUGCUUUUUUUCUAAUACAGUUGUAUAUACAUUUACCAAGCCAGAGCGCUCUGAAGCUUGUGUCACUUUCUGGGACACCAAAAAUAAUGAGCACUUCAUCAAGCAUAUAAAGUAUCUGAUGGGAAUGGCAGCAUCUGGGGAACAUUGUGUGUUGGCAGUACGAACAGAUGAUGGCUCUGGGCAGUUUGGUCUCAUCAUCUGCAAUGCUAUUGGAACACCAGUGGAUAGUAAAUACAUUGACAUUGAACCUCAUUACUUGGCAAUGACAAGUAGUUAUGUAUUUGCUGCUUCAAAAGAGAACUUCUACCUGUGGCAUUUCAAGACUCCCAAGGCCCACAGCUCCAUUGAACUGAUAAGUACUGUGAAAUCAGAUCGGCAGGAGAGACUUUACCACAUUGAUGAUGCUCCCACUGGCAUGUCUGAUAUUUUUAGAGAAGGGGACAAGCUAUAUGAGGCCACCAAUGACCCCAUAUGCUGCAUGACUGCAAGUGAGAGAAUACUAGUAGUUGGAAGAGAGUCCGGGGCUCUGCAGCGAUACACCUUACCUCAUGUUGCCCUGACAGCUCGCUACACCUUGCCAUGCCGCCCUCACCGCCUUGCACUUAACUGUAAUUCUUCACGCUUGGCCAUCAUUGAUAUUACUGGGUUACUUACCUUCUUAGACCUGGACAUUCGAUCUUCAGACAGCAGUGGAGCUGAAGUGAUGGGAUCAAUACUGAAGUUUGAACGAAAAGAUGUGUGGGACAUGUGUUGGGCUCAAGACAACCCAGAGCUGUUUGCUAUGAUGGAGAAGACACGCAUGUAUGUGUUUCGAAAUAUGGACCCUGAGGAACCCAUAGCCAGCUCUGGCUACCUUUGCAACUUUCAAGACCUUGAGAUACGUGCUGUGUUGUUGGAUGAAGUAAUGAAUGAACCAGAGUCUCCAACUAUGGACCACUUGUUGACCUUGGAGGUGAAGAGUCUGCGAGACACUCGGGAUUUGCUGGAGAAGGUGUCCAUCAAAGAUGCUGCAGCUUUCAUUGAUGAGAACCCUCACCCCAGACUUUGGCGUUUACUAGCUGAAGCUGCUCUAGAGAAGCAAGAUCUUAAAAAUGCUGAGGCAGCUUUUGUCCGGUGCAAGGAUUAUCCUGGUAUUCAGCUAGUAAAAAGGAUUUCAAACAUUCAAAAUGAAGCUCUUAGAAAAGCAGAAGUGGCAGCAUACUUCAAGGAUUUUGAUGAAGCAGAAAGGUUAUACCUAGAAGUGGAUCGCAGGGAUCUCGCUAUCUCCCUUCGGCGCAAGUUGGGGGACUGGUUCAGAGUUGUGCAGCUCCUCAAGUCUGGUUCAUUUGGAGACGAUGUACAGAUGGAAGAAGCCUUAAACAACAUUGGACAUUACUAUGCUGAUAGACACAAAUGGGAUGAAGCUGUGAAGCAGUUUGAAGCUGCUCAUAACCAUGAAAUGCUAAGUACAUGCUACUAUCAACUAGAAGAUUUUGAAUCUCUUGAAUCUCUUGUCCGAUCAUUGCCAGACAAUUCUACCCUUCUGCCAUCCAUAGCUGAAAUGUUUACCAGUGUUGGAAUGUCUCAACAAGCUGUUGCAGCUUAUAUGAAAUGCAAUCAGAUUAAGUCUGCAAUAGAUACUUGCGUUGCUUUGAAUCAGUGGCAUGAAGCUGUGGAACUUGCUAAGGAACAUAAUGUGACGGAGAUUAGUGCCCUACUUGCUCGCUACGCUUCUCAUCUCUUAGAUAAAGGCAACCGUCUCCAGGCUAUUGAAUUAUAUCGCAAAGCAGACAAACUUCUUGAUGCUGCAAAAUUAUUGUAUCAGAUUGGAGAAGAAGAAGGCAAGAAAAAAACACAUCCUUUACGUGCCAAGAAACUGUAUCUCCUGGCUGCUCGGCUGGUACAGGAGCACAACUCCAAGAUGAAGAAUACCAUGAAGGAGGAAGGAAGUCGGAGUGCAGCCUUGAUGGGUCUGUUUGAUGAUGGACUCACUGGAGACAAAGAUAAAGGAAGCCAAUACAACAACAUGUUGGACAGUCCUUGGAAGGGAGCAGAGGCCUAUCACUUUUUUCUCCUGGCCCAGCGUCAGCUUUAUGAAGGUUAUGUUGAUGCAGCAAUGAAGACAUGCCUUCAUUUAAGAGAAUAUGAAGGUAUUCUUGAUCCUGAAGACAUAUAUGGCCUUUUGGCUCUGGCCUCUUGUGCUAAUCGUGCCUUUGCAACAUGUUCUCGAGCAUUUAUAAAACUUGAAGCAAUUCCUGAGGUAAGAGUCACUUAGUUUUUGAAGAAGAAAAUGAGACUGUAGUAGAAAGAGCAUCAUUACUGAGUUCUCAUAAUGAAGGUGAAGGCAGUGAAAGGAGGGCAGGUGGUGUUGGUGGUGGAUUAGUGAGUGGAUGGCGUAAGUAUAUGGUAUACUCACCGACGUCAAUCUUACGGAGGGAGGCGACUCGUUCGAAACGAGUGAAGUACGAAGCGAUCUCUUCUCCUUCGCGAUACACUGGCAGUUUAGGGCGAGUGGCAGGGUUGGCACCAAGGUAGGCCGUACUCUUACAACCAGCUGCUUGCAGUUUCAGCCGCUCAAGGGCAAGAGCAUGCUCCCUUUCCUUUUCGCACUCCUUUUCACGCUCUUCUCACUCCUUUUCUUCCUUUUCCUUCUGCUUAAUUCUUUCCUUUUGUGCUCUUCUCGCUCCUUUUCUUCCUUCUGGUCACGUUCUUCUUUUCCUCUCUUCUCUUGUCUCACACUCACAUUCGUCCCGUUGACGUGCCUGUUCCUCGGAGACGAAGGUCCUGAGAUCGUCCUCUUCGUAGCCCAACUCCCGUCCUAGGUUAAUCAGUUGCUGAAUGGACGACAUUUUCAACGGAAUACUAAUCAAUAAAACAAAACAAGAAUACUAUAGAAGUGAAAACAGGCAAGCUGUUCAACCCCUCCAAUUAAAUAAACACAACAGAGCAAGCAAGGAGACUACCAGCCCAAAGGGUGAGUCAAAUCACCAUAAGUGUACAAAACACGACCCAGCUAAUAUGAAACAUAUUAGGCUGAAGGGGUCCAAGGUCAGAAGAGUUAAACUCUGCACCUGAUAAUCACGAGGCCCUGAAUCAGAGUCAUGUACGACGCACCUGGUUAGGCAAAGAGAGAGCCUUACAACAACAACCUAUCACCAAAACACUCACUUUGAGCCUGGAACAGCAAGUGGAGGUAGGGAACAAUCCUGACCGUCAAUGGUGACUGGGGUGGUUCAUCUCGCCUCGAUGCACCCGGAAGGAAGGAGAGAUCCUGGCGAGGUCGCCACUUGUGAAGGAAAGUGACCCGGCGUCGUUAGCUGGAGGUGAAGCGCCAGAUCAAACCCCUCGAAGGCGCGGUAUCCCUCAGCUUCCAUGGGGGCAGAUGAGAUAAAUACACAAGAAACGUUUAAAGUUUAAUCCUCUCUUCAACACACGGGAAGGGUAGUAAUCCCAGCGAGGCGUCACACGGCAUCCCAAGGAGUCCUGGAUGAGAGGCCCAGGGGCCACUGGCAAGGUGGUGACACGGCUGCGAGACGGUGUCGGGACGUCAGAUAUGGAAGGGCCCCAGGCGCCACAAGUAGGGUGGAGAAGCUGCAGCAAGGUGGAGCCGUGACAUCCAGGACGGAGGAGAGCGAUGAAGGGGGCAGCCAACUGGUGGGGCUCUUGACAACAGCAACCCCGUGUGGCAGUGAGAGCUGAAUGGGAAGUCAGGUAAAGGUGUUGGCGUCCAGCUAAGUCCCAGUUUAGUCUGGCUCCCACCUCUGCGCUGGUUAUCCACAUCAUGUCUGUCUGAACCCUCUGAGAACUGAAGCAUGAUCCGAAGCGUUGCUUUUACGGAGGUGAAACGUGCGUGAAUUGAAUAAGUAGUCUUUCCCUUACAAGUAGUCAGAAGAGCUAUCAGGACACCUCUUUCGGUCAACAUCAAAAGCGGAGUCAAACCUUGGGACAUUUCUGGUCCCCUCCCCAAAGGGGGAAUCCUAAGCAGGGUGUAGGAGCACCAUAAUACAUUUUGGGAAAAUGAUGUGUGUUGUGUGUAUGUAGUUUGGUGUGGAAAGUAAGAGAAUCUGUCUUUAGAGAGCAUGCUGAAUUACUCUCUGGUGUUAAUGAGACAAUAAGGAAUGGAAAGUGAGAACAUGGGUGGAUCAUUGAUUUGUUUGCAGCACCCACUCACCUCCCAUGUAUACCUCACCAGGAGUGGCUUAUACCUGUUUCAGCAGGUGUCUCUACCUACCUAUUCCCUAAGACUGUAGUCCUAUAAAUUGGUAGAAUAGUGACUAAGUACUGCAGCUUCAGUAGUACUCGGCUCGAGUUCCAAAGGCAACUAAGAGAGAAGUGCAAGGGGGGCUGAGCCAGCUCCACCCCCCCCUUCCCACCUUAUGCCUUACCCCAGCCCAGCUUGGGUGGGGCCAAUGCAUGGAGGGGUAGAUGAGCACUGUGUAAACAAACUACUGCUCUACCCAUGGUGUGAUACUUGAAAUGUCAACUCAUUAACCAAUUAUUACUAAUAUUAUUGGCCUGGUCAUAAGUGCAAGCAGUCAUGUCACAUAUGUUGUAACUCAAAGACUACCUGUAGUCAUGGAUUUUUUUAUUUCUACUUCCAAGCAGGUAUUGUAUGUGUAACAUACUUAAUCUUUGUUGCCUUUUAUGGUGGCUUUGUUUAUAAUAAAAAUGACUGCAUGCAUUAUCUGUCUCUGACCACCCAUUUGGCAGCAUCAAAUGAAAAAUGUAAUCACCCUUACUCUCCUUAGCUGACUGUGUAUUUUAAGAAACUUUUAUAUUUAUAUAAUUUUUUACAACCUUUUUCUGCAUGGCUAUCAAGUUGCUUUUUU